UCUUUGGACGAGAUCAUUGACUCACUUGUUCCAAUCUCCAACCUCGGCCGUUUUUUGAUAAGCGUAUUGAAAUUGCUGACGAAUUUGUUAAAUGUAGACCUGAGCUUUGGUAUGAUCCGAUCGAGAUGUUCAGGAAGCGCUACAACAGCAGUGUUCUGACCUCAAUUGUCAGAGAAGAGGUGCUCAAACACCCGCACAGUUCUUCACGUGUGAAAGACGUGAUUUUCUUGAACUUAUAUAGUUGGAUGAUAAGCCCUGACAGACUCUCGAAUCUAUUCAAAACGGGAAAUGAAAAGAAUGCUGACUUUGUUUCUCUCGUUGAGAAUUAUCGGCAGUUUGUCGACAGCAUGGGUCCCCCUGAUUUAUUAGAAGAUAUCAAAAGUGGUGCAAGACAAAAAGAAUCUUAAAAGCGCAGUUGGACAUCCUAUUGAUGGCACUGUAGACACAGCUUAUGAGCGAGACAUGUUUCUUUACGAUGGCAAGGUAUUUGCUGCAUAUAAAAGCUACAUUCGCGCUCACAAUAAAGCGAAACCGUUUGCGCAGAUAAAAUUGCUCCCCGCACUUACGGCUCGGUUUGGUGAUUGUGAUACAUCGAUCAUGAUUCUAGCAGCUAAAAUGCACCCAGAGACUGCAAAAGUUGCCGAACUUCUUGAAAUUGAGCAGAUCGGGCAUUGGAUCAAAGCCGGUAAAAAUCCAGAUCAAGUUUUUGAGCUGAUGGAUUUUGAC